ACAGAGCGGUGCUGUGAGGAGCCCCCGCACAGCGCACUUGUUCUUGUCUGACCCAGAGGUUUUUUGAGGAGUUCUUCCUGCAGCUGACCUUGAGGCUAGACCACAGGACCUGGUGACCCGUGGCCUUCCGAGGCUUCUGUUCUGCAGGUGCCCUCAAGGGCAGAGCGUGGGACUUGGUGCCUUGGACCUUUUCCAAGGCUUCUCUCCUGCAACUAGCUCCUACUAGUCACUGACAUGGAGCAGAGAUCCCUGAGAGUACCCAAGAUGGCCUGUUUAGAGGAGGAGAAAGAAGGCUCUGGAGCUGCCCCAGCAGAGCAGACUGAAGAGGUGGUGCCGCUCCAUCCACCACAGGAGGAUGCAGCCGUGGAGCGCACACAAGAGCAGCAAUCCAGCCGUGGCCGCUUCCGCAGAACAGCGCAGCUCGUUUGCAAAUUCAUCAAGAGGAUUCGUCAGGAAGAGACCAUCACCAGGGGCGCUGGGUACAGGCCAUACUCGCCCAUCUUCCAAAGCAAGACCAGUGCUGCCCUGCUGUAUAUGCUUGUAGAGGAAGGUUUUUUCAAUCCAAAGCAAGUAAGCAACCUGUGGCCAGGGUUUGAUCCCCCAAGGAAUGGCUUGGUCUCUGAAGCCACGCCUGCUGGUCCUUAUGAGCCUCUGAAGCCAUCGCAGUGUGAUGGGAAGGGAAGAACGUCUCUGGGGAAGCUGGGGACAUUGCUCCCUUUGGCAGCUUUCCAAGUUUCCCUGUGCCUUCUCCAGGUGCCUGCCAUGGUGAGGUACAUCCACCAGUGGCUCCUGGCCAAUGAUUCCGCUGAGCACAGGCUGGACAAGACCCUGCUGAAUCUCACUGAAGCACAGUGUGAUGAUGUAGUCAUGACGCUCCUGCGUGUGGCCCCGUCCUGUGACAGGUAA